AGCACCCCCGGGACCCCAGGCAGUCAGAGAGGGGAGUAACAGACUAUAGAGUCAAUAACGGAUCUCCCCGGAGGCCUCAUUUCAGUGUUUGUAAUGCGCGUAUAGAUGAUGUGGUGUGUUUACUGCCUCAGCAGCCUCCGCGCACAUUGCUGGAGCAUAAAGCCAAGCUGACGGACACACAGCCGCUCUCCAGACGGACUGUAGAAGCUGCGGUGGAAGAGGCGGAGGAGGAGGAAGAAGAAGAAGAUCCAAGGGGGAAAAAAACUUCCAAAGGAAAAAAUAGACUAGACUUCUUCAAGGCUGCCAGAAGAAGAAGAAGAAGAAGAUGUCAGUGGCAGAGAAGAAAAGAAUAAGCGCUAAGGCCGAGUCCAGAAAAUGCGCAGCGCGUUUCUGGAGGCUCUUUCCUCACCUUUUGCUGUGUCUGUCUCUAGUGGCAUAUGCAGCGCUGGGUGCGCUCAUGUUCCAGCACAUUGAAGGAGGGAGCGAGUCCACUACCCAGCAGGAGUACCAUUCGUUCCUGGGUCAGAUUGUCAGCACCGUCCAGAACCUCACCGAUAACGCCUCCUGCACACAUCAAUACAUAAUACAGAAAGUGGAGAUUGAGAUGCGACAUGGUUUCAAAUCCAUAUGGCUCCAGAGACCUGACAGAUGGAAUUUUUUUGGCUCCAUGUUCUUCUGCUGCACUGUAUUCACAACAGUUGGGUAUGGGGAGAUCUUUCCAGUUACCCUGCCUGGUAAGGUAGUGUGUGUCUUGUAUGCCAUGGUGGGCAUCCCUCUCAUGCUUCUGGUCAUCCUCGAUGUGGGAGACUUCCUCGCUAUGCUGAUGUCCAGAGCCUAUGUCCGCAUUCACACCCUCUGCAAAAUCCUCCGCUCCCACACCUGGUCAUCGUGGAAGGCUCGGAAGAGGGCAGGGGAUUUGAGCCACCAGGCACUGGAGGACGGUACCUUUGUUUUCAGCCAUGACGUCAUGGUCCGUGAACCCCUCGACAUCCGGCAGGUGCUGCACAGCCAGGCUGAUGUACGGCACAAGUCCGUCCAGCUCCAAAACAACAAAGAGAUCUUCGAGAAGAUUCUCGCCAGGGAGAAUUUACUUACAAAGGGCCCGCUGCUCAGGACCCUCUCCUGCCCAGAGCUAGACCGGCUGCCACCACCACCCAAAGGAUAUGCCAUAUGGGAUUUUACAGGGUUAGGGGAUGGAAUGGAAAUGCUGGAUGUACCCUUUGUACUGAUUCUUUUCAUCGUGUUUGCCUACAUUUUCUUUGGCGGUUUGAUUCUGCCUUUGUGGGAAACUGAAUUUAAGGGCUUUGACCCCUACUACUUCUGCUUCAUCACGCUCACUACCAUCGGUUUUGGUGACAUUGUACCCAAUCACCCUAAGUACUUCAUGCUUACCUCACUCUUCAUCAUUGUUGGCAUGGCCAUCAUGUCCAUGGCUUUCAAGCUUGGCCAAACACGAAUUGUAAGCUGCUACCGCCAAUGCAUCAAGUUCAUUAGCAGGGGAAAUGUGGAGACUUUCAGAAAUGAUAAGAACGACUAAGUCACCAGGAGAAUCUCUACCUCAUGUCCAAGAGUUGUGCAAGCUAAUAGUCCUGGUUUUGACACAAGCCCAAAACAGGAAUCUGUGGGAACUUGUCCAGUGCGUUCUUUGAGCUGGCUGUUCGGUCAUAAGCAUGCGCAAAAUAAAAAGUGUGCUUGUGCCAAACGCCCUGUUCAGUGAAGGGGUGGUGUUCAAAGGUAUUCAAAAUGAUUCCUAUCAAUAAGAACAAAUUCUGCAUAUCUAGAUAAAGUAUCUUGCCAAGGAAUGACUAUUAGUUGUACUCUAAUACUAUCAUAGAUUAUUAUUACUCAUGCAUUAAUGUAAAAGCAGGAUUUUUAAAACUAUGGAUUAAUCUGCUGAUUAUUUUCUUGAUUAAUAGAUUGAUUGUUUGGUUUGUAAAGAUUCUGAAAAUAGUGAGAAAUGCCAUCACAAUUACCCAGAGCCAAAAGUGACACAAUGCUUGUUUUGUCCAACCAAUAGUCCAAACCUCAAAAUUAUAAAAAAUAAAUUAAAAUUAUUAAAAGGAAAAGCAGCAAAUCCUCACAUUUGAGAAGCUGGAAAAAUAAAAUGUUUUUGCCUGAAAAUUGACUUAAAUGAUUAUCAAAACAGUUGCCAAUUCAUUUUCUGUCAAUCGACUUAUUGAUUUAUUGACUAAUCUUUUGAAAUUUGUACUAAAGUACAGUACUAAAUGUAAAUGUAAAUGGUUACAUUUCACUACUGCUUACUCCCUUCUAGGAAAAUGUAAUAAAAUGCCUUUUAAAUUAA